AUGCUGACGGAAGACCAGAAAGAACACCAGCGCCAGAAAGCUCUCAAAAAGUUUGAGGAGGCCAAGCGCCGAAUGGCGGAAAAACGCAAGGCCACAGACGUGCGGGACGCGUCGGCUAAACGACACCAAAAUAGAGCCAUGGGAGCGCCACCCAUCACCCGAGCAAGUUAUAUUGAAUACGAUCUGGCCAACAUGAAGGACACACAGGGUGGCUACUUGGAUGACGAAGAGGAGGAGGACGUUGAAGAGUGGAAGCGGCGACAGGCACAGACAUUCGAGGCCGGUCCCAUGUCUAUCAAUCCGUCCGAGAACCCUCAAUGUGCCGAGUGCAAGAGUUUCGACAUUGAUCCGCAAUUUCAGUCCGUGUUCAAGCUGCUUGUAUGUCGAGCAUGUAAGAAGAAGAUUCCCGAAAAGUAUUCGUUACUGACUAAGACGGAGGUGAAGAACGACUAUCUUUUGACCGAGCCUGAGCUCAGAGAUAGAGACCUGAUUCCCCACUUGGAAAAGCCGAAUCCACACAAAAAGACUUACAACAACAUGAUGCUCUAUGUGCGCAAACAGGUGGAGGAAUUUUCAAUCAGGAAAUGGGGGUCUUUGGACGAACUGGAUGCCGAGUAUGAGAGACGGGUGGAAAUGAAGAAACAGAGAAAGGAUAAAAAGUACUUGGACAAAUUGAAGGAGAUGAGGAAGAAAACCCGAGCUGAAAACUGGACAAAGACAACAGCGAGGGAUGUUCAUAUUCAUGAUUGGUCUGGUGAUAUCGGAGACGAUCCGGAUCACGUGAAACGAAGAUGUCAGACCUGUGGCAUGGAGACCGAGGAGUUGAAAAUGUGA